CGGCAUGAUAGAAAUUGGUUUUGGAGUCCUGCGCAGAGUGGAAUGUCAGCUCUGCUCCCUCUGUCCAGAAGACAAGCCUACAUGAAUCCAAUAGCAAUGGCCAGAUCAAGAGGUCCAAUCCAGUCUUCAGGGCCAACCAUCCAGGAUUAUCUGAAUCGACCCAGGCCUACCUGGGAAGAAGUGAAAGAGCAACUAGAAAAGAAAAAGAAAGGCUCUAAGGCUUUGGCUGAAUUUGAAGAAAAAAUGAAUGAGAAUUGGAAGAAAGAACUAGAAAAGCACAGAGAAAAAUUAUUAAGUGGAAAUGAGAGCUCAUCCAAAAAAAAACAGAGAAAGAAGAAAGAAAAGAAGAAAUCUGGUAGGUAUUCAUCUUCUUCUUCAUCGAGCUCUGAUUCUUCCAGCAGUUCUUCAGAUUCUGAGGAUGAGGAAAAGAAGCAAGCAAAAAGGAGAAAGAAAAAGAAGAACCGUACAUAUAAAUCUUCUGAAAGCUCCCUGUCAGAAACUGAGUCAGACAGUAAGGAUAGUUUAAAAAAGAAAAAGAAGUCAAAGGAUACAACUGAGAAAGAAAAGGACAUUAAAGGACUUAGCAAGAAAAGAAAGAUAUAUCCUGAAGAUAAACCUUCUUCAUCUGAGUCCUUGUCAGAAUCAGAUCAUACUGAAGAGGUACGAGCGAAAAAGAAGAAAAGCAGUGAAGAACGAGAAAAAGCAACAGCAAGUAUCUCUUACAUUAUUACAUGAUGACAUAGUCAUUUCGGUUUAUUAUAAAAUGAGCUGUGCUAAACUCACUGGGACCAAAUAAACGGUUGGGAACAGCAUUGUGGUAAACAGCUUCACUGAGUGGAGAGUCAGAUUGGUGCAGGGCAAAGACGACGACUCUGGAAGCAGAUGUGGCUGUGGCCAUCCCAAGUUCUUACAGUUAGAAA